AUGGAUUCACGAGGAACCAGUGCUGCUCUUUCAAGAGCUGCUCGAAUGAGGCAAAAGCUGCAGUCUGCCUUGGAGGCCAGUGCCCUAGAAAUUGACGAUGUUUCUUACCAACAUGCCGGUCAUGCAGCUGUCAAGGAUAAUGCAAACGAGACUCAUUUCAACAUCAAGAUCGUUUCACCAAAAUUUGAGGGGCAGAACCUUGUGAAGUGUCACAGGAUGGUUUAUGAUCUUCUGUCUGAUGAAUUGAACUCAGGUCUCCAUGCUAUCUCCAUUGUUGCCAAGACACCAAAAGAGUCUGGAUCCUGAUUGUCUAAUGAGUAAUAAGAUUGUCUAAUGUUUCAAAAUAAAUCGAUUUUAGCAGUACCAUGUAACCAUGAAUUGGCUCCAAAACAAUGCCAUGGCAAUGCUGCUGUACUUAUGAAGAUCCUGUAUUC